AUGCCGAAAAGAGUUCUGAUUGCGUACUGCAUUGACGUCGACGCCUGCGCGAAUUGGCUUAACACAAAGACUGGUUCGCAUGCAAACGCCAGUGAUGUUUCGCGCGGUGUAUUCGGCGCCAACGUCGGCACCGACCGGCUGCUCAAGUUCUUCGAUCAGCAAGGGAUCAAAGCGACUUGGUUCAUGCCCUCGCAUAGCAUCCUCUCCUUCCCCGCACAAAUGGCCAAGGUGCGCGAUGCUGGACACGAGAUCGGACUGCAUGGAUACACGCACGAGUACGUUUCGCAUCUGACCGAGGCGCAGGAGCGCAAGGUCAUGGCGAAGAGCAUCGAAGUCUACAAGGAGUUCACGGGUAAACACCCCCGAGGCUGGGCCGCUCCUGCCUGGGAGGUCUCCCCACGCAGUAUGAGCAUUCUCGAGGAGUUCGGUUUGGAAUACGAUCACUCCAUGAUGCAUCAUGACUGCCAGCCCUACUACGUGGCGGACAUGGGAGACACGGUUAUUCACACGGACUACUCCAAAGAUCCAGACGAGUGGAUGGUGCCCAUGAAGGAGCAGGUGCCGACCAAGAUUGUUGAGCUGCCUGCUUCGUGGUUUAUCGACGAUUGGCCCCCGAUGCAGUUUUCGCAUCGCAACCCGGGCACUGGGUUUGUCAACCCCGAGGAUGUGGAAAGGCAGUGGCGGGACCAAUUCAGCUUCUUCUAUCGCGAAUAUGACACUUUCAUAUUCCCUAUCAGUGGGCACCCGCAGGUCAGCGGUCGGUCUAAUGUGCUUCUCAUGCAGGAACGGUUUAUUGAGUGGCUCAAGACCCAUGAAGGAGUCGAGUUUAUGACACUGGAGCAGAUUUGCGAUGAGUACAAAUCCGGGAAGAUUGCCGGAGCGUCAGUGACUGCUGGUGUUUAG